CUGCUGAAUCGUGUGUUGUGCGUCGGGUUUGUUUUAGCCCUUGGAUUUGUUGUUCCCUUAAUUUUCCACGUUCCAAUCGCACAUAUUUAAGCAAGAUGGCAUACGACGCGGCGCACGAUGAUGGGCCCGGCUUCGUGGGUAUUCGAUUCUGCCAAGAAUGCAACAAUAUGCUGUACCCGAAAGAGGACAAGGAACACAAAAUUCUCCUCUACGCAUGCCGGAACUGUGAUUACAAGCAGGAGGCCGACUCAAACUGCAUCUACGUAAACAAAAUUAUGCACGAAAUUGAUGAGUUGACGCAUAUAGUUCCGGAUGUAAUAUCUGAUCCCACCCUUCCACGGACAGAAGAGCACGCGUGUCCUAAGUGUUCCCACCGAGAAGCCGUUUUCUUCCAGGCACAAACCAGACGAGCGGAAGAGGAAAUGAGACUGUACUACGUCUGUACAAAUCCAUCCUGCUGCCACCGGUGGACUGAGUAAAACGCGUUACCCGAGCAUCGGUCUUACUAUUGUCCUGAAGCCGCUGACCUUUCUUUUCGAUACUGUAAAAAUAAACAAAACAAUCUGAUUUCCUUUACCCAAACGAUUGGUGAUGCGACUUCAGUUAGCAAACUUUGCAGCGAGUCAAAUUGUAUUGUAUUGUAACAAUAUUUCAAGUAUCUCCUU